GUUAAGAGCUGUGUGUUGUUUACAUGCAUUCUCAUAAUUAAACCUCAAAACAACCAUAUAAGGAUAUUGUAAUUCCUAAAUGCCCGGAAGGAGCAUGUGAAAAUUGUGAGGUUCUAAAACACAAGAAAGCCUCUUGUGAGCAAAAUAUCUGCAGCGUCUCUGGAGUACUACCUGAUAAUUUUUGUGUGCCAUGUCCAAGAAACGCAAAUGGGAUGAUGACUAUGUUCGUUACUGGUUCACCUGUAUGACAGAAGUUGACGGAACUCAACAUCCACAAUGUGUAUUGUGUAACACAGUAUUUUCAAAUGCUGAUCUCAGACCAUCAAAACUGUCUGACCAUUUUAACAGACAACAUGGUGGUGUAGCUGGGCAUGAUCUCAAUAGUAUGAAGCAUAUACCAGCGCCAUCUGAUCAGAGUGAAACCUCAAAAGCAUUUGGAGUUGCAUCUCACGACGAUGCUUUAUUACAAGCAUCUUACCAGUUUGCAUAUUUGUGUGCCAAGGAGAAGAAUCCUCAUACAAUAGCUGAAAAAUUAGUGAAACCUUGUGCAUUGGAAAUAGCACAAAUAGUUUUGGGACCAGAUGCACAAAAGAAGCUUCAGCAGGUUCCCUUAUCAGAUGAUGUGAUCCAUUCUAGAAUUGAUGAAAUGAGCCAGGAUAUCUUACAGCAAGUUCUAGAAGAUAUCAAAGCCAGUCCUCUUAAAGUGGGUAUCCAGCUUGCUGAGACAACUGACAUGGAUGACUGCAAUCAGCUAAUGGCAUUUGUACGCUAUAUAAAAGAAAAAGAAAUCGUAGAAGAAUUCCUAUUCUGCGAACCAUUGCAGUUAACCAUGAAAGGAAUAGAUUUGUUCAAUCUCUUCAGAGACUUCUUUUUGAAGCAUAAGAUAGCACUUGAUGUAUGUGGCUCCAUUUGUACUGAUGGUGCCUCUUCUAUGCUGGGAGAAAAUUCAGAAUUUGUCGCCUGUGUAAAGGAAGAGGUUCCUCAUAUUGUGAUCACACAUUGUAUGUUGAACCCUCAUGCACUUGUUACAAAGACUUUGCCUUCAAAACUGAAGGAUGCCCUGUUUACUGUGGUAAGGGUAAUAAAUUUCAUCAAAGGGCGGGCUCCAAAUCAUCGCCUCUUUCAGGCUUUUUUUGAAGAAAUUGGUAUAGAAUACAGUGUCCUCCUUUUCCAUACUGAAAUGAGGUGGCUUUCCCGAGGCCGGAUACUAACUCAUAUUUUUGAAAUGUAUGAAGAAAUAAAUCAAUUUCUUCACCACCAAAGCAGUAAUUUAGUUGAUGGCUUUGAAAAUAAAGAGUUUAAAAUUCACCUAGCAUACCUUGCAGAUUUAUUCAAACACCUAAACGAACUUAGUGCAUCUAUGCAAAGGACUGGGAUGAACACAGUGUCGUCUAGAGAGAAGUUAUCUGCUUUUGUCAGGAAGUUUCCAUUUUGGCUAAAGCGAAUUGAGAAAAGAAAUUUUACCAACUUUCCUUUUCUUGAAGAAAUAGUUGUGUCAGAUAACGAAGGUGAACACAUUGCAGACAAAAUAACACUGCAUCUACAACAGUUGAGCAACUUCCUCCAUGGAUAUUUUUCUGUUGGAGAUCUUGAUGAGGCAAGUAAAUGGAUACUGGAUCCAUUUCUUUUUAACCUGGAUUUUGUUGAUGAUGGCUAUUUAAUGAAAAAUGAUCUUGCUGAAUUACGCGCUAGUGGCCAAAUCCUAAUGGAAUUCGAGACAAUGAAGCUUGAGGAUUUCUGGUGUGCUCAAUUCACAGUGUUUCCAAACCUGGCAAAGACAGCUCUAGAAAUCCUUGUGCCGUUUGCAACUACAUACCUUUGUGAGUUGGGAUUUUCCUCACUUUUACAUUUUAAAGCAAAGUCCAGAAGCUGCUUUAAUAUAAGUGAUGACAUUCGUGUGGCUAUUUCAAAAAAGGUUCCUCGUUUCUCAGACAUAAUUGAACAGAAGCUACAGCUACAGCAAAAGUCUAUGUAAGCUGAAAUACUUUUUAAUGUAUAAUUUUUAAUAUAGUCUUAAUACUAUUAUAAAAUUAAGCUGGAAUUCUGUCAUUUUUCUUUUAUAUUCAUGGUGUGCUGAAUCCUAAGUUUAAAAAAAUUAAGCAACUUCAAUUUUUAAUGAGGCAUGUGAAAAUAUGUUUUGAGAACAAAAGGAACAAAAGCAGCAAGAAAGAUUAAAUAGCCCAGCCUAGGUGACACAUAGGAUAUUUCUAGUUCUGAGUAUGUUUAACCUAUUGAUGCGAUACCUAAAAAAGACUGAAUGCAUCCAGCCAGAUGGUAUAGUAGGCUAGGAGUUGAGCCAAGAGAAGAGAGAAGACCUCCCAGAGCCAGCAGCUUCAAGUUAAGAGUAAAAGUCAAAAAGAAAAAAUGACAGGCUGAGUCCUUCCAUCUCUGUGAGGACUGUUAUAGGGAGGUUAAUGAAAUCAGAAGAGGAUUGGGAAAUACUGUAGUAGGAAUGGGGUGAUUUGGGCUUAUAUCAGAUUUCUUUUUAAAUGUACUCCUUGGAGUUAGUCUCACAAUGUCUGUUCCCCCAGCUCCCCUAAAUACCAUGACAUAAA